AUGGAGCCUUCUGGCAAUGAACAGUUAUAUGAUGAUCCAGAUCCUGGAGGCAAAUCCCAAGAUCCAGAGGCCAGAAAGGCACCUGAAGCAGAGCAGAAAUUGUCUAAAAUGACCCACAAUGCUUUGGAGAACAUUAACGUGAUUGGCCAAGGCUUGAAGCACCUCUUCCAGCACCAGCGCAGGAGAUCUUCAGUGUCUCCUCAUGAUGUGCAGCAAGUCCAGGCUGAUGCUGAGCCUGAGAUGGAUCUGGAAAGCCAGACUUCCUGUGCUGACAUUGAUGGUGUCUCCACCCACCCUACAGCUCUGAAUCGAGUACUGCAGCAGAUCCGUGUGCCCCCUAAGAUGAAGAGAGGCACCAGCUUGCACAGCAGACGGGGCAAGCCAGACGCCCCAAAGGGCAGCCCUCAGAUCAACCGCAAAUCUGGCCAAGAGAUCCCCAUGGUGGCGCAGUCGGGCCGGCCUCGGUCAUCUUCUACUACGGAUUCUCCCACCAGCUCUGCUGCGGUGGAGAUAGCCUGUGCUGCAUACCUUCCUGGAGAGGAGACAGCUACAGAGCGGAUCGAUCGGUUAGAAGUAAGCAGCCUUGCCCAGACCUCCAGCGCAGUGACCUCUAGCACUGACGGCAGCAUCAACACAGACUCAGUAGAUGGGACACCAGAUCCUCAGCGCACCAAAGCAGCUAUCACCCACCUGCAGCAGAAGAUCCUAAAGCUCACUGAGCAGAUCAAGAUUGAGCAAACGGCCCGAGAUGACAACGUGGCAGAGUACUUGAAACUUGCCAACAACGCCGACAAACAGCAGACUGCCCGCAUCAAGCAAGUGUUUGAGAAGAAAAACCAGAAAUCAGCCCAGACUAUCCUGCAGCUGCAGAAGAAGCUAGAGCACUAUCACCGGAAGCUCCGAGAGGUUGAGCAGAACGGCAUCCCCCGGCAGCCCAAGGAUGUCUUCAGGGAUAUGCACCAGGGGCUGAAGGAUGUGGGGGCCAAAGUGACUGGCUUUAGUGAGGGGGUAGUGGACAGUGUCAAAGGUGGACUUUCCAGCUUCUCCCAGGCCACUCAUUCAGCUGCAGGAGCUGUCGUCUCAAAACCUCGAGAGAUUGCCUCAUUAAUUCGGAACAAGUUUGGCAGCGCAGACAACAUCUCUAAUCUGAAAGACUCAUUAGAGGAAGGGCAGAUAGAGGAUGGGCCUGGAGGAAAGCCUCUGGGAGUGAUUGCAAACUUUCAGUCGAGUCCAAAGUAUGGUAGUGAGGAAGACUGUUCUAGUGCUACUUCAGGCUCGGUGGGAGCAAACAGUACCACUGGUGGAGGCCCUGUGGGAGCGUCAAGCUCCAAGACAAACACUCUGGAUAUGCAGAGCUCAGGGUUUGAUGCAAUACUUCAUGAGAUCCAGGAAAUUCGAGAGACGCAGGCCAGACUAGAGGAAUCAUUCGAAAACCUCAAGGAGCAUUACCAGAGGGACUAUUCCUUAAUAAUGCAGGCCUUACAGGAGGAGCGCUAUAGAUGUGAACGAUUAGAAGAGCAGCUAAAUGACCUGACUGAACUCCAUCAGAAUGAGAUCUUGAACUUAAAGCAAGAGCUGGCUAGCAUGGAGGAGAAAAUUGCCUAUCAGUCCUACGAGAGAGCUCGGGAUAUCCAGGAAGCACUGGAGGCUUGUCAGACCCGGAUCUCCAAGAUGGAAUUGCAGCAACAGCAGCAGCAGGUGGUGCAGUUAGAAGGGCUGGAGAACGCCACCGCCCGCAACCUCCUGGGCAAACUCAUCAAUAUCCUCCUGGCUGUGAUGGCUGUUCUCUUGGUCUUCGUGUCCACUGUGGCCAACUGUGUGGUCCCUCUCAUGAAGACACGCAGCAGGACGUUCAGCACUUUAUUCCUUGUGGUUUUCAUUGCCUUUCUCUGGAAGCACUGGGACGCCAUCUUUGGCUACGUGGAACGGUUCUUUUCAUCCCCAAGAUGAUGACACGGAGGCAGCUGCUCCCCAAACCCCUGGCGCGUGCAUGCAGCAAAGAAUUAGACAGCAACUUAACUACUCUGAAGUUUUAAACAACAAAAAAAGAGUCGAGUGAAUCUGUUUACAUUUAGAAUAACGUUUUUUCUCUGAGAGACGCAAUUGCAAUAGUAUUUUUUAGAUUUUAUCCAAGAAGUUUUUUGGGCAAAAAUCCUGGAUCAUUUUUAUGUAGCAUGAUUCUCCUGGGAUGCAAAUCUUAAAAAGAUCCUUUACCAUGAACCAACACAAUCUGGAGCACAGUGCUGGGCAUUCUAAAUUCUGGCUUGAACUACUGCACUAAAACCCAUUAGAAAGAUGAAUCAACUUAAACCAGUUAGGCCUAGCAACCUGCCUUGUCUGGGAGCAUCCCAGACCCCUACACCCCCAGGCUAACCUUUACUGUGAAAUCCUAGCACAUUCCAUGUCUGAAUUCACAGAUUCAGGGUGGAUUUUCCUUAGCUGCGGAAAACACAUGGAGGAACACAUGGAUCUGCCCAACACCUUCCACACUCGAGUCAGCCAGUCACGCUAAUCUUGAAGUAUGGUCAUUUUUGUAUCUGGGCCCUUAACCUUCCGCAAGGAUACAAAGUGGCAUGGCCUACAGGAUAACCGCACAGUCCUACUACAGUAUUUUGAAGUAGCCCUCUAAAUACUUAAUCUUAAGCAAAAGCCCUUGGCCGCACUUUUAAGGUUUUUUUUAUAUGUGUAUAGUCACAGAUUUAAAAAAUAAAAAAAUCCGAACAGCAUACUUGAAGAAUGUAAUACUCAAACUCUCAGCGCUUCCUUAUGGUUUCUAAUAGGAUUUUUUAUUAUUG